UACGCGAUGACGUAAUCACGCACGAGGCGGCUAAUUUGUUUACGUCCGCCCUCCCCUGGAGUUUCGAAGCGGUGUUGUUAACCGACUCCGCCUCAGACGAUAAGAAAAUAAAGUUAAAUAUUUUAUUGUUUUCGGGGCUCCUCCUGCCUCAAAAGGGGGGGAGGGUCGCGUCAAGUUCGCCGCUCUGCAGCGACUCGCGCGCGUCGCAGCCUCCGAUGCUGCCAAGGCCGAUUUCGUGAGGGCCUCGUUUGUCGGUGUGGGAGGGAGGGAGGGAGACGAGAGAUGGAGGGGAAGAGUGGAAUCAUCGGAGCAGCAGGAGGAGAAGCGAGCGACUCCAUGAAAGAGCCGCUUCUGGGCUCACGUGCUGGUGGCAGUGGCGGGCCGCUGGAAGAGCGAGGAGGUGACGAAGAGGAGGAUGAGGGAGAAGGAGAGUUGGAUCCGCACGUGGUGGAGCAAUACUACAGCAAGGUGCAGAACGGGCGCCUGUACUUGGCUGUGCUGAGCACGGCUCUGGGGCCGCUGAGCCUGGGACUGACGCUGGGUUACAGCUCCCCGGCCAUCCCCGACCUCGAGCGCAGCCCCCAGGCCCAGCUCAGGCUCAGCCCCGCGCAGGUGUCGUGGUUCGGGUCGCUGGUGACGAUCGGCGCGGUGUUGGCGGGGCCGCUGGCGGGGCUGCUGGUGGAGCGCCUGGGCAGGAAGCCGACGCUGAUGCUGAGCUCGGUGCCGUUCGUGGCCGGCUGGCUGCUGCUGGUGACAGCGCAGAGCCCCGGGUCGCUGUACGCGGGCCGCACCCUCACGGGGCUAGCGGGGGGCACCGCGUCGCUCGUCGUGCCCGUGUACAUCUCGGAGGUGUCUCACCCAGCGGUGCGGGGAGCCCUCGGCUCCUGCAUGCAGCUCAUGGUGGUGCUGGGCAUCUUCACGGCCUACGCCGCCGGCUUGAUCCUGGGCUGGCGCUGGCUGGCCGUGCUGUGCGCCGUGCCGCCCACGCUGAUGCUGCUGCUGCUCGUGGCCGUCGUGCCGGAGUCUCCGCGGUUCCUGCUGAGCCGCCCCCGGCGCCGAGCGGAGGCCGUGGCGGCGCUGACGGUACUGCGGGGGAGCGCCGUCGAUGUCCGCACCGAGAUUCGGCUCAUCCGACAAGGCCAGCAGCAGCAGCAGCAGCAGCAGGAGCAGCUGAGCUGGAGGGAGCUGCGCUUGCCCGUCCUGUACAAGCCGCUGGCCGUGACCGUGCUGCUGAUGACGCUGCAGCAGUUCUCGGGGAUCAACGCGGUGAUGCUGUACGCCGAAUCCAUCUUCAGGGCGGCACACAUCCAGAACAGCGCGGAGGCGCCCGUGAUGAUCGCCGCGGUGCAGGUUGGCGUCACGCUCUUCUCUGGGUUCCUCAUGGACCGUGCCGGCCGCAAGCUUCUCCUCUGCCUCUCUGGGGUCAUCAUGGCCGGCAGCGCCGCGGCGUUUGGGGCCUACUUCAAGCUGACGGGGUCGGACGGCAACGGGACGCUGGGCGCCACGGACCUUGCAUUGCCGUACGCCGGCGGGGCCCCGGACCAUGGGUUGGUGAUGGCGGGGGCGAGCACGGGCUCGCUCGGCUGGCUGGCGCUCGCCAGCAUGCUGGUCUACAUCGUAGGCUUCUCGCUGGGCUGGGGUCCCAUCCCCUGGAUCGUGAUGUCCGAGGUGUUCCCCGUGCGCUGGAGGGGUGUCGCGAGCGGCGUGUGCGUCGCCGUCAACUGGAUCUCGGCGUUCGUCGUCACCAAGGAGUUCCACGACUUCAGCGAGUGGUUGGGUUUCCCCGGCGCGUUCUGGUUCUUCGCCAGCGUGUGCGCCGCCGGGUUCGUGCUGACGAUCGUCGCCCUUCCCGAAACCAAAGGCCGAUCCCUCGAGCAGAUCCAGGCUCACUUCGAGGGGCGACCACCGCCCCCCUCUCCUCCAUCGCCACCGCUCGCUGCUUCCUCAACCCCUGCUGCAGCAGCAUCAGCAGCAGCAGCAGGUUCCCUUAGCCAGGCUGCUGUGACUGGGGCAGGGGGUGAACCCUCAGCGCAGGAACCCUGAGGCUUGAGGGUGGUGGAGUUUUUGGUGGUGGCGUUGGUGUGAAAGUUGGAAGUGGUCGUGACGGUGGUAGCAGUGGUGAUGAUGUUGUGGUGGAGGAGUUGGUGGUCAUGACGGUGAAGUUUGUGGUGGUGGUGGUGGUGGAGACGACUUGGGAGUUAGUUUGUUUCAUUGAAAUAUUUUGCCUGGAAACUCGCUUGAGAUGGAACCAUCCCGAUCGCAAGGGCGUCCCUGGCGUCGAUUGGCACCUUACAGAGCAAACGCACACGACCGCGCUUGUGUACAAACAUUCUAUAUCUUAGACUUACAAAAGGACUCGCCGAGUAUUGAUUCUAUGAAUCGCUACGAUUUAGCAGCGCGAAUCGAUUCCGUGAUCGAUAUUUUUUUUUGUCGUAGUUUAGUUAUCCCAUUACUGCGACGUUCACUCGUGGCCGUGAGAGCAAUAUUUGCUUGGAGUAAAAAAAAAAAAAAAGCUAAUGGAUUUUAAUCGCAAAUGUUUCUUAGAGUGAUCGUAUAUAAUUCCAUUUAAAAUAAUGGAAUCGUGAUUUGAUUUUUUUUUUUGUACCAGAUGCGCGUUGUCGUGAGCGGUGGCGGAGCGGUUGGUGAACCUCGCUAUAAAACACGACAGCUCUGGUUUAGAAUCCGCGGCAAAGGCCUACACCAUUGGCGAAGUGGUAUCUGAACCUUGAAACCAGCUGUAUGUGUAUGUAAUUUGAACUUCUUUCGCACCGUACGUAGCCAACCGCGUUAAUCGGAGGGGCAGUGCCGAGUCUAUGGACAUUGUUGAGUC